UGUCGUUUUCUGUUACUGCAACAAAUCAGCGAGGGCAAAGUGGCAUGGCGACAUUGUGAAUUAGUUAUUUAUGUGAAUAGCUAUUUGGAAAUUUAGUGUCAUACUCGCAUUACCAGCUAUCCAACAAGAGUUUAGAGUACUUAACCAUCAUGGGAGCUUAUCUAUCUGAGCCGAAAACCACAAAAGACAGUAGUGAUCACGAAGGAGAGGGAGUUAGAUGCGGCGCCAGUUCAAUGCAGGGAUGGCGAAUAUCACAAGAAGAUGCCCACAACUGCAUUCUGGAUUUUGACAAAGAUUCUUCUUUGUUCGCCGUUUAUGAUGGACACGGAGGCCAUGAAGUGGCUGAAUAUUGUUCUAAAUUUUUACCAGAUUUUAUAAAGAAAACGGAAGCUUAUACAAAGGGAGAAUAUGAGCAAGCUCUUAAAGACGCUUUUCUGGGAUUUGAUGCCACUCUUGCCACUCAAGAAGUAAUAGAAGUUUUAAAAAAGAUUGCAAGUGGAAAAGAUGGAGACAAAUCUGGUGUUGAUGAAGAGGACGGCUCAGAGUCUGAGGAGGAAGAGGCGAUUGACAAUUUGGUGCAAGAGGCCUCGAUGCCAUUAGACGAAGUCAUGGCCAAGUACCGCAAUCUUGGACCCCUUGGGCGACUGAAGGGAGAGGGUAAACCUCCUGUAUCUCCCAUGCUCAGGGCUCGUCGAGCUGGUCCUUCCUCUAGCGGAGCCGGCUCUUCUAAAGGUGAUGGUGAGGUAAGCAGCUCGUCUAGCGGCAGCCAGGCAACAUCAGGUCUGUGCAACGGAGAUGCUCAUGUCAACGGAGAAGUAGCAGAGGCCGGAGAAGUGGCAGAAGCAGGAGAAGAAGAGUUAAAGUCUGAAGCAGAGGUGAAGGUGGAUAGUAGCGAUAAGUCUGACACAAAGGCUGUCAAAAAGGUUAGUGCGGAAGUGACUGAAAGUGAGAAGGUGUCUCGGACAGAGCCAGAUAGUUCAGGAAUUAGCAACGGUGAAACUCACAAUGUGUCUAGUUCCUCAGAGAAAGGCGCUGGCACGACGAACGAAGCUAUCAGUAGCACAAGCCCGCCAAAAAAGAAAGUGUCUUCUGCUGAUAUCUAUAAAUCUCUGCUCCAAGAAGAUUCCGAUUCAGAAGAGGAAGACGAGACAUUUACAGCUGAUGCCGUGAGUGAGGAUGACUCUGAUGAUGAAGUUGCCAAUGAAGCUGAAGAUGACGAUGAAGAAGAUUCGUCUAUUGAUGACGAAGAGGAUGAAGACGAUGAUGAGGAAAUGGAAUGUCAUGGUUUGGAUGACGUCAAAGAAGAGCCUGGCUUGGACAGCGGAUGCACUGCAGUAGUUGCACUACUGGUGGGCUCACAGCUGUAUGUUGCCAACGCUGGAGACUCAAGGUGUGUGGUCAGCCGCGAAGGCAAAGCUUUCGAGAUGAGCAGCGAUCACAAGCCUGAGGAUGAGCCAGAGAGAGAGAGGAUAGAGAAUGCAGGAGGCAAAGUCACCAACGACGGUAGAGUCAACGGUGGACUCAAUUUGUCAAGGGCAAUAGGUGACCACUCGUAUAAGCAAGUAGCGCUGCUGCCUCCUCAGAAGCAGAUGAUCACAGCUCUGCCAGACGUGAGGACGCUCUCCGUGGACCCUACGAAGGAUGAUUUCAUGGUGUUGGCCUGCGACGGCAUCUGGAACUCCAUGACCAGUCAGGAGGUAGUGGACUUUGUUAAGGACAAAUUAGAGCAAGGCACCAAGCGGCUCAGUCAGAUCUGUGAAGAGCUGUUUGACAAAUGCCUGGCUCACAAUACAGCCGGAGACGGGACAGGCUGUGAUAACAUGACUUGUGUCAUUGUAAAGUUCAACUCUGCACAAAAAACAGAAGCCUCCGCCGGGAAAAGAACUGCCGAGGACCACGAGGAAGAACCUACCUCCAAGAAGAGCAAGGUGGAAGAGCAAGUAUCACAAACGGAAACCUCCUCCUAAACUGGGAAUUUCAUUUUUUAAGUCUGAUGGUGGCAAAUUUCAAUUAAUUGUUAAAGGUAGGUCUGAAAGAGAUGUCAUUUUGCCAAUUCAAAAAUGCGUAGCAUAAUAUAUUGUUAAGUGGUGUGUAAGUGAAAUGUCCACAAAAGAAACAUAAUUCCAAUAUAUACUAGUCAGAUUUCCAUUGCUUAAGAGUUCUUGGAGCCUAGACAUUCUAACUCUAAAAAAAAUAAAAAAAAACCACAAAGAAAAUUUAUAAUCUCACAGUGCACUAGGUAUUCAAAUUACAAUCACUUUGGUAUUUGAAAAAAAUAUUUUUAGAUGGUAAGUAACUCUUCAACAGCUCUUUGAAAAAAAAAAAAAAAUAACAUUGCUCUUAUAAAUAAAUCCAAGAUGGCUGGAGGCUUCUAUGGACUCCAUUGGCAAACAAUUAAAAACUACAAAGAAAAUUUCUAAUCUGACAGUGUUCUAGAUAUUUAGAUUAUAAUCACUUUGGUGUUUGAAAACAUAUUUUUUAUGAUAAUUUACUCUUCAGCAGUUUGAUGAAAUUUUCCAAGAUGGUCGCUAGCCUCCAAGGACUCUUAAACUACAAACAAUUCUAAACAAGCUUUAAGUUGUAGGUGUGUAAUUUCUUGUAUCCUAUGUAGUAUUGUGUUUUGAAAAUAGUGCUAAGUGAAAAAAAAACUUUAUAUUGUAAUGUUGAUUCUUAGUCUCAAUUUUGUUGAUACCACUAAAUUUCUAACAAUGGGUUGUUUUGUAUUUUCCUUGUGUCAGUGUGUCUGAAUGGUUCAGCUAAGUGUAAAAUGUUGUUACUUUAUUGUUGCUGGAACAGUAGGCCUAUUAAAAAAAUUAGUUAGUUUGGGACUUCUUGUUUCUUCAAACUUUUAAGAUUUAGUCUUCAUUGUCAAGAAUUUAUUUAUUUGGUUCUACGUUUAGAUCUUACUUGUAUGGAUGAGCUGGUAUAAGCAUAAUUCUGUCUCGUAUGUAUUAUCACCUAUAGUCAGAUGAUUGCAUAAACUGAUUAAACUACUGAAUACAGUAAGACGGUUCUUAUGGAUAUAUUUCAAUUAAUUGUGCUAAGUAUUAGUGAUGUUGAUGUAUUAAGGACUUAUUCUAUAUUUAUUUAUUCAUUUGUUUAGUCGUUAAAACAUCAAUAGUUGUAGUAAUAGAAUAAGUUAGGAUCAUUAAAAUGAUUUCGUUUCGAUUGUGCUCCGUUAAAAAAAAUCAAAGCAGGUGAUGUAUUGUCGCUUUUGUGGACAUUUUCCCGUGGCCUUACGGUUUGAUGCUUACAGACUUUCUGUUCCGAAACAUAACCACGUCUACUGUGAUAUGUGUGGAACCUAAUCUCACUUGUAAAUAUGACUGUGUUAGGUGAACCUGUACACUUAAAUGUAAUGUAUAAGUGAAUUUUAUAAAUAUAUUUUGUGUAAUAAAUCGUAAGCUGUCAUUUAGCUAAAGACGUACAAAUUAAUUACUAGAAAUUUUUAGAGGUAACCUCACUUAUUGCUUCUGUAACUAGGUAUCCUAGAUUUUUGUACAUUUUGCGUUGGGUAAUAGUUAGUUACAGUCUGCAAUGUUUAGUGGUUAUUUUUGCUGUUCAUUUAGCGUUAAAAGUUUUCUCACUUUUUUCUAAGAGCACUGAACUCUGUUAUUGUUCCUCAUGUAUUGAUUCCUGAUACGCAGAUAAAAAGUGUUUUAAAUCACUGACUGCCCAAAUUGUCAUAUUGAAUAUUGCGUUCGAAUUACAAAAUUAUCACAUAUUUUUAA